AUCAGUGAAAACGCGGGUGAUUUUGGCUUCAUUUUUUUAAACGAUUCGUAUCGAGAGAAACGUUUAUUUAAAAGAAAAUAUCGUUCUUAUCGGGAACCACCGUUUAUCUAAAAGAAUGAGUGUGCCGAACGACAUUAGCGGUUUAAAAUACGAUCGUGGCAGUGAUCAACUUUCAGUGCUGGAAGGACGGACUAGUAUUUGAUAGUCGACGACCGCCUGUCAAGUGCCAAACGAUCGGCGCACCUUCCCGCCUAAAUUUAUCGUUCGCGAAAUUGUCAUCGACGACACACAGAGUCAGUGCCCUAGCCUAAUCGAGGUAAACAAAUAGCGAGCAUUUAAAGCCAAAUAGCCUCGCGACUCGAGGCACACGUGAUCGGUCCAAGAAAUUUUGCGAGUGCUCGUCAACUAGUGUAGGCUCGGUGUUAUGAUCGAGCCGACAUUUAAACUUUGCACGUCGGCCGUUCGAUGAGUCGACCGUUUAAAAGGCUCUUCCAGCAGUGAAUGAAGCGUUGCCUGUAUACCCCGCGUAUACUUUGUAAAUAGUGAUAAAUAACAGCAUCAUGAAAUUGACGUUAACGUGUAGUGUGCCGUUGCUGUUAUUUAUUAAUAAAUUGUAAAAAUUGUAAAUAGUGAUCAUCUGAAAUAUAGUUCAUUUGUUUAUUGUACAUAUAUAUAAAUCUCGUGCGUGCGGGCAUCGAAGUGAAUUUAGUCGUUUGAAAACAAAAAGUCGUGCGUGAUCGCGAAAUCGUGCUCUGUAUGCAUUUUGUAGAUAAAGCACAGCGAUUAAUGUGCAAUUUGGAAAAUCCUCCCGGCGCAAGUGGGCGAUUGACUAAUCGCGAGAGUGAACUUUGUGCCAGUUGAGCCCGUGCAGUGGCAACCUUUUUGGCACAGUCGCUGGUGGAGUUGCAUCCUGGGAUUGCUUCAUCAUUGCGUAUACAGCAAGCAAUCAUCGUCGCUGGUAUUUUUCUGCGUACCAGUUUCAUCGAUACCAUUUGUGCAGUUGUACCUCCCCCCAUUACUUUGUACAUGCCUAUGUGUGAACCUCUGGUUUUUGUCACGUUAAUUUUGACAGCGAAACAAUCGAUAGUUUGAACAAGUGUCAAGUCGAUUUACACGAGAGCCAAUCGUAAUCGACGGCCUUUUACUCAUAUAUAAUCAUCACUAUAUAAAUAUAUCUGUGAAGCAUAUUGAAGUGUGUGCAAGAUGUCUCAGCGAAUGAAUUUGGUCAACUGCGAGUUGAAAUUUGAGUCCGAAGUAACGGAAAUGGACAGUAGUAAGCUGUCGAAAGAAUCAGUGGUCAAGUCAUCGACCGAGUCUCCGCUGACGCCCAUCACUAACAUCACGAGAGAACUGGAACGCUCCGUAUUAUCAGCAGCACCUGAUAUUUGUAUCGAGCCAGAAAUCAAGCACUCCUCAGAUCACCUUGAAGACUCUCAAGAUCAGCUUAAGAAUAAUCAUGUGUUUAGAAUGUUUGGAAAUGGAUUCAGGAUCAAGGGUUCGCCGGAGGUAACGAGCAGUGACUUUUUGAAAAGAUCAAAAGCUCGACUCUUGGGCAUGGCUUCGUCGCGAAGCACAACCAGCCCGGAGCUGUUGUCGCCCUACGCAAAAAAAAUGUACGACACCGCCAUGGCUAGCCCUGAAACGAAGAAUUCAACACCACACAAGCCUGGCCGAUUGAGAAUGAGAAAAAGAAUGCCUUUGGAGGAAUACGACCGAAAUAGCCAGGACAGCGGCUACGAUGAAAAUCAUUCUCAAAACGUCGUUUUCCGAUUCGCCGAGCCGUUCGGCGUCGCUCCUCGACGAAGCUCGGACUCGCGCAGUCCCUGCACUUCUCCGCUCGGCAUGUCUCCGCAACGCAAGAAAGCCACGAGGUCUAGCCUGUUCCACAGCCUCUCAUCCGGUUACGAGAGCUUCGACGAUGGCUUCAACGAGCUGACCGACGUCGACAGCCUCGAUGGGGAGCUCGGUCCGAGACCGCAGAACCUGGCCAGCCUCAUUUGCGGCUCAUUCGUGCAGGAAAAGUCGACUUCCAUGGAGAUGUGCGUGGUGGCAACGACGCCCCCCGAGGCCGCCGCCGUGGCAGCGCCACGAUCGCGACCGAGGCUCGGCUUUCGUUCCCAGCUGCCUCUUCAAGAAGCGGCGCCAAAAAACGGCUACGCGGACUACAGCAGCCCGCCCAACAGCGCGCCCAGGGCCCGAUCGUGCCUCUUCAGGUCGCCCAACGCCACCUGCUCGACGGCCAAGCUCGCCUUCGCCGACGAGAACAGCGCGCGCUCGUUCAAGCGACCCGAGCCUCCGACCCAGCAGUCACCCAUUCUAGUCAAGCGUUCGCGCAACUCGUGCGACUCGCCGCCCGUCCUGUCCGGCUCGCCCAACUUCCCCGAGAGGUCCUGCAAGCGCUUCCGCGAGAGCUUGAGCUUCUCCGCCCUGGGCAGCUCGCCGAUGCUCGUGUCGCCAGAGCAGGUGCGCUGUCCCCGCUACGAGCCCGAGUCGCACGCCCAGGUCAAGGCGGCCAUCCACCGCAGCACGACCGACGAGGACCUGACGGGCGACUUCUCCAAGACGUGCAUCCUGCCCCUCGCCGUAGGAGAGCACGAGGACCUCAAGUCCAUUAGCUCGGAGACCCUCGUCAAGCUCAUCAACGGCGACUUCGACAAGCUGGUCAAGGACUUCAAGAUCGUCGACUGCCGCUAUCCGUACGAGUUCGAGGCCGGCCACGUUCCCGGCGCCAUCAAUCUCUACAGCCGAGACAUGAUCGAGCAGUUUCUCCUCGAUCCUCUGACGCACGUGCCCUCGAUCGAAUCGGAAAGCGAAAAGAGGAGCGUCAUCAUUUUUCACUGCGAGUUCUCUUGGGAGCGGGGUCCGAAUCUGUCGAGAUUCCUGCGCAACAUCGAUCGCCAGCGCAACAAGGAGCACUACCCGGCUCUUCAUUAUCCGGAAAUUUAUCUCCUCCACGGAGGUUAUCAGAAAUUCUACGAAGAGCAACCCCAGCACUGCACGCCUCGAGGUUACAAACCUAUGAAGGAUCCAGCUCACGAGUCCGACCUUAAAUUAUUUCGAAGCAAGAGCAAAACGUGGCAAGGCGAAAAGAUCAACCGAGCGAACGUCGUCACAGCUCGGGCGAAUCUCAAAAGACUGGGUUUUUAAUCGUACCAUCUUGUUCAAUUGCCGCGCUCUUUUUUUUGUUUUUAAGGAAGGACGAGUCAUCUAAUGUAUUAUAGCUUUAAUAUUGUACAUGGAUCGAAGAAUUGACUGGAACAAAAUUAGACUUAAGGCAUUUCGCGUAUUUUGUUGAAUUUUUCUCCACCGAAAUUGUUCUCGGAAAAUUUCACAAAAUUUCCGCGAGAUUUAUGUGCAAAUGUAAAUAGUUUUUAUUGCAAAACACGAUCGCAGCAGGCUUGAGCCUCGACAGCCGCGCUUAAAAAUGGCUUUAAAAUAAUUUUCUAACUUUUUUUUAUAUUUUGGCGUAAAAAAGGCCAGGGUCAGCUUCCAAGUGAUCAUGAGAGAAAUGCAAAUCCAUAUUUUUAUGUCUCUAUGUUUCUUUUAUGUGUGAGAGUGAGUGAGUAUUUAAUGUAUGUUAAAUAUUUAUUUUGAGGCGCAGCGGAAAAGACGAGGCGAGACUUAAGCAAAAAGCGACUUAGUCAAUUUUUUCAGUUCGCUGAUUAGCUUGUAUAUACCAAAUCAAUUUUUGCGCCAUUAGAUAAAUUUUAAUUUGAGUGAAAGUCGAAUGAAAUCAAAUGAAUUCAAAUGAAUUGAGAAAAUGGAAUUAUACCUUUUUCACUCGAUGAAAAAGAAAAUUGUAUAAAUGUUCUUGUUUCUUUUUUAAUGAACUAUCUGUCUCAAUAUGUAUAAUAUUAUUGUAUACAAUAUUUGUUACAAAAACUAUAGGGAAAUUGAUUUAUUGAUCAAAAUGGGAUAAAAAGUUCUUUGUAACUUUCCCUUUAACACGUGCAAAAUAGUUUAUAUGCUGUACAAAGUAUUAUGUAAAUUAUAAAGAAAAAUAUAAUUUUGUCAUACAAAAUAAUAUAA